AUGGAGUAUGGAUUCAUCAACACAUGUUUGAAGUCUCUAGUGAUUGAUAGAUUUGGAGAGGAAACGUGGGACAAACUCAGGGAUGCAGCAGGGGUCCAAGACACCUUUAUGACUUAUGAGGUGUACAAAGAUGACAUCACCAUGCGAUUAGUGACAGAGGCAUGCAAGAUGCUUGACCUUGAGCAAAGUGUGGUGCUCAGACAGUUUGGAGAAUACUUCUUUGAAUUCUGCAAAAGAGCUGGCUAUGACCAUAUGUUGCGCACUCUAGGAGGAAAUCUAUUCGAGUUUAUGGAGAAUUUGGAUGCGCUGCAUGGCUACCUCUCUCUGUCCUAUAAGGAGAUGAACGCGCCAUCAUUCCGUGUAGAGAGAAACAAUGAUGGCACCAUGUUGUUACACUAUUACUCUGACCGACGUGGUCUUUGUCAUAUUGUCCCUGGUAUCAUCGGAGCUGUGGCCAAAGACUUCUUCAAUAGCAAAGUAAAGAUGGAAAUUGUGAACCAGAUAGAGGAAGUCGAGAGGACGGGAAAGAAAGAGCAUAUUGUUUUUCUCAUCACCCAGAGCCCAGUGUUCACAGAUGUUGAAAACGUUUUCCCACAGACCCUACACAACCAGACCAAAGUGUACAGGCAUAACACAAUCUAUAAAGAGGAGACAGAAAGGUCCCUGCAGAGGAAGUUUCAAACUCAUGAUAAACAGAAAAAUCACUGGGGCAGAGUCAAAAGUUUGGUACACCCAGAGAAGGGUAAAACCUUAUGGGGAUUUCAGCCUGUGUACCCUGAUCAUCUUUGUGUCGACCUUAAGACAUUUUGCAAUGCAUUCCCUUUCCACAUUGUGUUUGAUGAACAACUACGGGUUAGACAGGCAGGAGUUACUAUUCAGAGAAUUGUCCCGGGGCUACAGACCAUGUGCACCCUGCUGGACCAAUAUUUCACCAUCCAACAUCCACAGGUGACUUUUAACAUCAGCAGCAUCCGCAAGUUCAUAAAUAGCCAUUUCGUUUUACGGACACAACGAGAUAUGAUGCCUGUGACCUGGAGAGAGAGACCCAUGCUAGAACUGAGAGGUCAAAUGUUAUGGAUGCCUCCGUUGCGUUACAUGCUGUACCUGGCUUCACCAUUACUUCGCAGCUUGCAGGAGCUGGAGGAGCGCCACUUGUAUCUCUCUGACAUUGCACCGCAUGACGCUACGCGUGACCUGAUCCUGCUCAACCAGCAGCGGCUCGCGGAGAUGGAGCUCUCCAACCAGCUAGAGCGAAAGAAGGAGGAGCUUCGACAUCUCUCGAAACACCUUGAGGAGGAAAAGCAGAAGACAGAGAAUCUUCUCUAUGCCAUGCUGCCCAAACACGUGGCCAACCGGCUGAAAGAGGGCAAGAGAGUAGAGGCAGGUGAGUUUAAAGAGUGCACCAUCCUCUUCAGUGAUGUGGUGACCUUCACUAAUAUCUGCUCUGAGUGUGAACCCAUUCAGAUUGUUUCCAUGCUCAAUUCGAUGUACUUGAAAUUUGACCGUCUCACCACUGUCCACAAUGUUUAUAAGGUUGAGACAAUAGGGGAUGCUUACAUGGUUGUUGGCGGUGUGCCGAUUCCGGUGUCCAGUCACACUGAGCGUGUGGCAAACUUCGCCCUGGGCAUGAUAAUAGCUGCAAAAGAGGUCACUAACCCUGUGACUGAUGGUCCUAUUCAGAUCCGGGUGGGCUUGCACAGUGGGCCAGUCCUGGCAGGGGUGGUUGGUGAGAAGAUGCCUCGAUACUGCCUUUUUGGAGACACAGUUAACACAGCCUCCCGAAUGGAGAGUCAUGGGCUGCCUGACAAAAUCCACCUGAGUCCCAGUGUUUAUCAGGCUCUGAGAGAUAAGGGCUACGAGAUAGAAGAGCGUGGCGAGAUUGAGGUAAAAGGGAAAGGAAGAAUGCAGACCUACUUCCUGCAGAGGAACCUAAAGACCACUGAGAGUGAGAUCAUGGGGCUUUUGGUCCUCAAGGCUGACUCAGGCAGGGAGUCAGCUCAUUCUACUCGAGACUGUGCCUCGGAUCUGCCUCGCUAUAGGCCAACAUUGCAAGCCAGUCAGAGGUUGCAGAGAGGGGACAGAUGUCCAAUUGUACCAAUGAAAUAUGGGGAUAGCCUAAUAGACAGCAAACCUCCGGCAAAGUUCAUAGAUCCACGGCAUGGCAGUAUAACAGGUAAACCACGAGAUUCAGAGAGAUAUGGGAGUCUUUACAGUGGGAACAGAUCUUUGGAUGAGCCCUUUGAGCUUAUGAAGAAAGAUGCACCAAACAAGCCCAAGGAAAGGAAACGUUCAAUUGCUAAACACAACAGACAUGUUCGCACUAGAUUCUGUUUGUUGCUCUGA